AUGGCAGUGCAAAACAAUAACGGUAUGGUGUUUUUGGAAACCGCGUUACUGAACAUCGUGGACGAUUAUGGUGUGAGACAUGAGGCACGGGCGCUCCUCGACUCCGGCUCCAUGUCGAAUUUCAUCUCCGAGCCGCUAGCUCGGAAGCUGCUUGGGACACCUCGAAACAAGGUGAACGUGUCGGUCUCGAGCAUCGGGAACAAAGUGCAACAGGUGAAGGGUUCAAUCGUUGCAACCGUGGCAUCUAGGAACCACACGCAUGCUUGUCAACUCGAGUUGCUCGUUGUUGACCCUCCAUUCUUCCAAAUUCCAACGGCACCUAUCGAUGCGUCGUCGUGGAAAAUCCCUGACUUGCCACUCGCGGAUCCUUUGUUCCAUGUGCCUGGCAAGAUCGAUGUCAUAAUUGGUGGAGACACGUAUUGGGAGCUCCAUUCUGGUAAGAAACGUUCCCUCGGCAAAGGGAAACCUUGGCUUGUAGAGACGCCAUUUGGUUGGGUUGUUGCUGGCAAUGCAUCAUCAGGCAUUUCGCAUGAUUCGCAUUUGUGCCACCUGGCUAGCAGCAGUACAUCUUCGCUGGAUUCGAUUAUGGAACGAUUCUGGGAAAUCGAGACGAUUGGCGGUGAUCCAGCAUUGUCAGCGGAAGAAGAUGCUUGCGAGAAGCAUUUCGUGUCCACUACAACAAGAGAUACAUCGGGCAGGUAUGUUGUACGUUUACCGCAGACUUUUAAUCCAAGUAUCGUUUUAGGAGCGUCCAAGGCGAUCGCGGAUCGUCGGCUCCUAGCAGUAGAACGUCGAUUGAUGUGCAACCCUACAAUGAAGGAAGAGUACACCAAAUUCAUGAAGGAGUACGAACAGCUCGGCCACAUGAAACGUCUUACCGAUCCAGUCGAUGAUUCCGGCGAGCACUACUAUCUUCCUCAUCACGCGGUGGUAAAGGAAACGAGCACAACCACAAAGGUGCGAGUAGUAUUCGAUGCAUCAUGCAAAUCGGCUUCUGGAUACUCUUUGAACGACAAACUGUUGGUUGGGCCUGUGAUUCAGGACGAUCUGUUCACAAUAAUCGUUCGAUUUCGAUCACAUGCGAUAGCACUAUCAGCAGAUGUCGAAAAAAUGUACCGCCAAAUUCGCCAUGAUGACGACGACCAAAGAUACCUUCGUAUUCGGUACAGAUACAAUCCCACAGAGCCUAUUCAAACCUUCCAAUUACAAACGGUAACCUAUGGCACCGCAUCCGCACCAUUUCUGGCAACCCGAACCUUAAAACAAAUUGCAUACGAUCAUCAAAUACAGUUUCCAAAGGCAGUGACUGCAGUUCUUCAUGAUUUCUACGUAGAUGACUUGCUAACGGGAACAGAAGACGUAGCCGAUGCAAUCGAGAUGCGAAGCCAGAUCACGGGAAUGCUUAACUCGGCAGGCUUCUCAUUAAAAAAGUGGGCAUCCAACGCACCGGAAGCACUGAAAGGUGUCCCAUCAGAAGAUUUGGCAGUUCUUCCAACACACGAAUGGCAAGAUCCACAAUCUGUAUCAACACUGGGACUCGUGUGGGAGCCAGCAGUUGACAUGCUUCGGUUCCGUAUUGAUCUGCCACCUGCAUCAACGUCCAACCAUCAUCAUUGCUAA